AUGGUGGAGUUUGCGGCGAACAGGGUGGCGUUGAAGACGGCGACGAACGGCAGCGGGGCCUGGAUGCCCGCGUACAGGCCGGCGGCGCCCUCGCGCGAGACGACCUUGCCGCAAGGGCAAGUAAAGCCAUUCAACCGCGAGGAUCUCAAUCUCCCCCUGUCGACUGGAAGAGGUUGUUAG